GCUGAAGAUCGGAGCAGGAACCAUGUCUUCAGAACCUCAGGAAGGUUCUGUCAGCGAACAACUUUCUGCUGCUGAAGGAACCAUGCCUUCCCUUCAGCAUCUGAGAGAGUUGAUCAGCGAGCGACUAGCUGCUGCUGCUGAAGAAAUCUUCCGACUCUGUGAAGGAACCAUCGUCCAGUACGAGGAGGAGCUCUGUCGUCAGCGCAGACUGCUGGAUGUCGUCUGGAAACCACAGCUUCAACUUCACGCUAUAGUCCUCCCCGAGCAUUAUUUGACUGAAGAGGAAGAUCUCUCCAAUCAGCAGAGGAACUCCAGAGUGGAACAGGGAGAACCAGAACCUCAGCAGAUUAAGGAGGAGCAAGAAGGGCUCUGCAUUACUCAGGAUGGGAAACAGUUUGAACUGAAGCAGGAGACUGAUACCUUGAUGGAGAUUCCUACUUAUGAGGAAAAUGAGAACAGUGAAGCAGAUCUAAGAAAUGUAACUUAUAGUCAGGAUGAAGAAGGGAGCCAACGUGAAGUAUCCACAACUAAAGAUGAAGAGACAGACACACAGAACAGAGAUCAGAGGAAGAGAAGAGACAAAAGUAAUGUCCAAAAUGUGGACAGGUCUCACAUGUCAGAAAGUCGGUGGAACUCUGAUAUUGUUAAAAAAUCCAGAAUGAUAACGUUGGUUGCGAAAUGCAAACAAUCCCCAAAAGAAAAGUGUCUUUCCUUUAUAACGUCUGUUAAAAGAACAAGAAUUGCACCCAGUUUGUCAGUUCACAUGAGAACUGAGUCUGAUAAAAGAUCUUACAUCUGUGAAGAAUGUGGUAAAAGUUUUGGUUGCUGGUCUCAGUUCAAAAUUCACAUGAGAACCCAUACAGGAGAAAAGCCUUUUUCUUGUAAAGUAUGUGAUACAAGUUUUAGUCAUAAAUCAAAUCUCAACACGCACAUGAGAACUCACACAGGAGAGAGGCCUUUUCCUUGUAAAAUAUGUGAAAAAAGUUUUAGUCAAAUAUCUAGUCUGAAUGCACACACGAGAAUUCAUACAGGCGAAAAGCCUUUUUCUUGUAAAGUAUGUUAUACAAGUUUCAGUAAUGCAUCUCAUCUCAAAACACACACAAGAAAACACACAGGUGAAAAGCCUUUUUCUUGUAAAGAAUGUGAUACAAGUUUUAGUCAUAAAUCAAAUCUCAACACGCACAUGAGAACUCACACAGGAGAGAGGCCUUUUCCUUGUAAAAUAUGUGAAAAAAGUUUUAGUCAAAUAUCUAGUCUGAAUGCACACACGAGAAUUCAUACAGGCGAAAAGCCUUUUUCUUGUAAAGUAUGUUAUACAAGUUUCAGUAAUGCAUCUCAUCUCAAAACACACACAAGAAAACACACAGGUGAAAAGCCUUUUUCUUGUAAAGAAUGUGAUAAAAGUUUUACUCAAAAAUACAAUCUCAAAACACACAUGAGAACUCACACAGGAGAGAAGCCUUUUUCUUGUAAAGAAUGUGAUAAACGUUUUAGUCAAAUAGUUAAUCUCAAAAAACACAUGAGAACUCAUACGCGAGAGAAGCCUUUUUCUUGUAAAUGAUGGUAAAGUUCAAGGUCAAAUGUCAACAAAAUGUCUGUGGUGUUUGUAGACUCGAGCUAGUGGCAUGUGGGUGAAAUUUCGUGAAAAUCGCACAAACAAAAAUGUCGCUAUAGUGUCGAAAAACACAAAAAUUGCCACUUCUCAAUGUUUUCCACAAAAUGGCCGGCAAACUGUAGGUCAACCCAUUAUAAUCCCAAAACUUCCUUGGGGUAUCCCCGACACACGUGUUUUGGAUUACUAACUGUAUUUAGAAAUUUCUUUUGGAGCACCAUAAGAAACUUUUCUGUCUAUUUUUUUUUGGCAUUGCUCGUGGUGAUGUCAGUGUCUUGGGUGGGUGGGUCGGGGGUCGCUCACUUUGCCAUAAAUUCAUUUUCACCUGGUCAUAGGUGUGUGCAUAUUUUGGUGCAUGUGGCGGGUGUCAUAUUUCUGCUCAAAGAUUCAGAAAUCUUUCCAACUGCGGAAACAAUAUGGUCCUUGCAGUCAGUGACUGCUGCUGCUGCAGGCUGUAAUUACUGGUUACAUUGAUAUGAGCUAAUAAUGAAAACUCAUGAUCAUAUUCAUGCUACAAUAGAGAUUUUGGAAGAAAGUCAUUGUUUUCAUUUUGUUGGAAUUCUUAAUGAAGAUAUGAAUCAUAUCUGAUCAAAAAUGUUCAAUAGGUCUAAAGACACUAAAGUUAGUCACCAAACUUUCACAGAUGACUGAUCACAUUACUGUUUUACUCCAAGAAACGUUUCGGGAGGUAGUCACUUUGUUAAAUUUAUAGGAAUAUGGAUGGAAAUUUGGAUCAAAAGAAAAAAAGAUCAAUAGUUCUGAAGACACUAAAGCAACAGUCACCAAACUUUCACAGAUGCUCAUUAUCACGUUACUGUUCUAGGAAUUUUAUCUGUUCUUUUUGGUUCUCAGUGUUCUGUCCCAAUCUUUGGUGUGAAUAAUAAAGUGGACGUGAACAUCA